GCCGCCAGACGGCGCGGGCAGAGCCGAGGUUUUGGCGCGGGCGGAUAAAGAUCGAGGGCUGGAGGUCGGAGCCCGCUGGGAUGCUGCCCGUUGCGGAACACCUGCUGCUCCUCCUGGGACUGGAGAAGACCUCGUUCCGUCUGUACGCUGUGUCUGUGCUUCUGCUCUCCGUGCUCUUCUUUGUCUCCCGCCUGCUGCUGAAGUUCUUGAGCCUCUGCUGGCACUUCUACAACACCUGCCGCCAGCUGAGCUGCUUUCCCCAGCCGCCCCGGCGCAACUGGCUGCUGGGCCACCUGGGCAUGUAUCUCCCAAAUGAGACAGGCCUCCAAGAUGAGAAGAAGGUGCUGGACAACAUGCAUCAUGUAAUCCUGGUGUGGAUGGGACCUAUCCUGCCACUGUUGGUUCUUGUGCAUCCUGACUACAUCAAGCCUGUGGUAAGCGCCUCAGGUAGGUAGGCUGGCUUCUGAGUG